AUGGCCAGAGGGCCGCAAGGAAUGCUGGGUACACACCCCCCGCCGGGAGAGGGCGGAGGGACAGGGGACGGCCCCCCGCGCGCGAGGGGCGGGACCACACCCCCUCUGCCCAAUCCAGGGGCGCGGUACGGCCCAGCCUCAAGCCGCGAUUGGUGCGUGCCGUUGAACAAAGCCGCCACGCCGAGGGAGGGGCAGGAGGACUUCCAGGAGGUUCUAGAAGGGAGCGCGGGCUCGCGCGCAUGCGCGCUGGCCGCCUCGCCUCGCAGGGGCGCGGCGCGGGAGCGGCGCAAAAGAACGCGUGUUGCAUUUAACGCCGGUCUUCGUUUUGCAUCAACUACAGCCAGUCUCAGAACUGAGACAGAAGUGGACACAAGCGAAAAUGAGAUUGUUGCCUCAGACUUCACUAACAGGAAUCCUCGGAACUUGGAGCAGUUGGCCCUGGCUAGGAAGGAGCGUGGCUGGAAGACAACGUGGCCAAAGCGUGAAUUCUGGCAUAGAUUACGGCUUGAGCGGACACAGCAUUAUGUGGAAGCCUUCGUUGAGCGCUGUAAUGGGGAUGUUGUGGUAUCUGCCUCUACCCGAGAGUGGGCCAUAAAGAGACACCUUUACAGUCCCAAGGGAGUAACAGCAUGCAAAAACCUUGGCCGCGUAAUGGCACAGCGCUGUUUGGAAGCAGGAAUCAACUUUGUGAACUUUAAAGCUGUUAUCCCCUGGGAACAUCGCUGUGACUCGAUUCAGGAAUUUGAAAAAGCUGUGGAGGAGGGUGGUGUCGUUCUGCGUGAGCCACGAAGAAUCUAUCGGUAAAAUGGAGACCAUUGGGAAAACUUUCCAAGGAACAACAAUCACUUCUUUAGGCGUGUGUACCGGCACAGUGAAGGUCCAGAGCUGGAAAGAGUUGGAACGUGGCAUCUUACAAUAAAAUAUUUUUAAACGCA